AUGCUGCCUCCCGCACUCAAGAGCAUCUACCAACAAUACAAAGGUGACACAGAUGCUGUCGCUACUUGGCUCGCUACGACAGCCAAGGCCAAUGGCUAUGUCCAGGGCAUGGGCUCCGCCGCUUCCGGCGGUGGCCGACUGAAGGGCAAAGCUCGGAAGCAAGCAAAGCAAGCAGCUCAACCUCCCCAGGACUUCGGCGCGACAAUCAGCUCGAAGCCUGCUGCACAGGCCAAGAAAUAUGCCCUCAAGAUCAGCGACUUUGAGCCCAUGGCCACCUUUCUCAGCCGUAUCAACUCAAUCAAGGUCCCUGACUAUUUUGCUGUCGCUAUCGAGCGUGUUGUUUGGGUCCGCAAGAAUUUCGCCAAUGGUCUAAGCGGAAGUGGUAGCACUGCUGACACUGCUUCUGACGAGCGCCACCUUCACUUUGCCAAUGUCCUUGAAAGGGUCCGCGAUCUCCUUAGACCCCAGAUGGAAGCCGGUGUCUUCAAUGAGGAGGAACUCGACAAAGCACGAACCGCCCGCCAGGGACAGAAUACCCACGGUCCAUUUACCAACUACUACUCGAUUUUGGGUGUCUACGAACCUUCGGAACAUUUCGAAGAGAUUGCGCCUCCCAAGACCACCCCGACUGCGAGUACUCAGCCCGAGGUCCAAUACACUGUCGAGCAAGACAACUCUUACGAAGAGGCUUCGUUUCUCUUUACAAUGCUUUCCGUGGAGUACGCAGAACUCCGCUCCGCCCUCGAGGGGCUUUGGAAGGAGUGGGCUCAAGGGAAGCGAGACCUGGCUUCCGUUUCCGUUGCGACCAACCUGUGCUUCGAACUGGCUCGAAGCAUGGAAGAUGAGGUCAAGCCUAUCUUGGACAAAUAUGACGGGGGCCCUAAAUUCUUGCAGGGGUACUUCAAUAAUAUCUGUGCCGCGGCUGGCUUUGGUGGGGAGAAGCUUCAAGAACCUGGAGACCUGUACAACCUCUGGGGAUACCCUCUUGCCCACGACCUUCUCCUUAACACCAUAGGACUGCUCAAUGGCCACUUCGAAAACAACUCAAAGGAUGAUUUCAUCACGGACUACAAUGGAAAGUUUGGUUGGUACAAUCCGAGAUUGGGAGACCCGGAACAUCUAUCAAACCGCGAGAACUGGAACCAAGACAUAACAGCACUCCUGGAAAUACUCCCCGACAUCCAGUUCCUCGGCUCCAACAUGUGCCGUGGCAUUGUCGAGGACGAGCUGAUCCGCUGCGUUAGCGAGCGACUGCAAUUUGGCAGAGGCGCCAAGACCCCCAUGUGGCUCGCCUGGGCGUUCCAGAUCUACCUCGACAUUCUGAAGCCUCUUGGACCGGACUGUGAGCGGGGAUAUGAAGAGAUGGUGCGUGAGAGCAACAUUAUCAAGAACGCGAUGCUCAACGUCCCCCCUUCGGAAGCGCGGGACCGCGUUCUGUCUGUGGCUUCAAAAUGGGACCACGAUCCGAUCCAACUGGUUCGCGACAAGACGAUAGAGCUCGACAUGUUGUCAGGGCCUGGCAACGCUGCUUUCCAUUUCCUCCGCCGCAACCCGAUGCACUGCGGUCUGUGGAUUCACAUGAUGCGAACAACCUUCCACCGCUCCGGCGCCGAGUACAUCGCAGAGCCGGGUGCCGUCAUGGUCACGACCCAGCUCUACCACGCUCUGCACCAGGAGAAGCUUCUCGGCGACGACAUGAUCUGGGAAGACCUGAAGACGAUCUGGGACAUGCAAGGGAACGCAAGUUUCUUCGCCAUUGACGCUCCCGCCUCCCGUGACGCCUACUUCAACAACUAUUGCUUGUCUCUGGGUCUCUCCGCCAAGAACUGGGUUCCAAGCAACCGCGCCAAGCAGGUCAAGGGCAAGAAGGCGCCUGCACCUACCGCCAAUGAUGCCAACAAGCGCUUCUUGAAGAUCAUGGGUAGGGUUUCGAUGCUGCUCUCGCAUCGCCUCAUGCCGACCGGCGCCCGUGCUGCACCGAGCGCGGAGUUCCUCGCCAAGGUGCUUGAAGAGGGUCGCCGUCAUAAAUUGAUUGACGGCAAGGGGAAUGUUCUCCCGGGUAGGAGAGAGGAAGCCAAGAUGAAGAAUUUUGAAGGUCUGUCCCCUAGUCAGCUGGUUCGACACAUCGCUGAAGCGAUCGAGGGCGAGCGGGCUGAACUUUCCUUCAACUACUUCGCCAUGCACGACAGUGUCUGGAAAUUGCUAGAGGAGAUCCGCAAGCAGAUUGUUGAUGCUUUCGGCGCGGAAAUGGCACCACUCCCGGAAGAGAAGGAUCUCCCCUUUGUUGUUGGUUAUGUCUUCGCUACUGCUUCCGGUCGAAAGGGAGUCCAGGAAACGGGCCAGCCCACCGAUGAUCUGAUCAACAUCGCUACCGAGGUCGUCGCCCAGUUCUUGAAGGACGGCAAGGGCCACGAUGUCAAGGACUGGCUUGAGACUGCGCAGGUUGGGAACGUGGGUAAGCUCAAGUUCAACGAGGUCUAUCCAUGGGGCAUGAACAGGCUCGUCAAGGAGCUCAGAAAGAGGGGAGGUGGUCGCCAACUUGAUGACAUCCAAUGCCAUAUUCAGUAA